AUGCUUUUCUUUUUGAUGUUUCCAUUUUGUAUAUCUUUGGAAAGAGUGAUCCAGAUUACUGUAUGCCUUCAGACAUAACCUAUAAGGAUAUUCUUCUUUACAAAACAGAAAGUUGUAGAAAUUGGGACGAAAAAGGAUCCUGCAGAUAUGGCAAAAGGUGUCGCUAUGCACAUGGCAAAGAAGAACUUAGGCCAAUCUUGCGUUCAAACCAAUAUAAAACCAAAAUAUGCAAAGCCUACCAUGAUUAUGGCACCUGCUCUUAUGGGGUUCGGUGCACUUUUAUUCACAAUGACGUUACGGGUGCCACUGGAAAAGAGGACGAUCACUAUAGUCGAGGCAAUAUACAACAGAGCAGCAACGUUGGUUGUGUUUUGCCAAGUAAGGAGGACAGUAAUAAUGCUGGAAGUGGCAACUCAGGCAAUAAUGUAAUACAUAACUUUAUCUCCAAGAAUGUAUGGGAUUCGAUGCUUGACUUAUCCUCCUAUGAGCCAGCAGAGCAAAGCAAUCACGACCAGGCCAGUUACAAUUAUCAUUAAACAAUGUGUUACGGGCCUUAUUAAAGCCCUUCUAUAUACAUAUUCCAUAUCUAUUAAUUUAAGUACUUAUUUAUAUAUCGAUCAACAUGUCUUUUU